GACAGGUUCAAGCUGAAACUGAAGUGAAGUGCCAUUAUUAUUAUUAUUAUUAUUAUUAUUAUCAAUACACAUAAUAUUGACUUAUAACCAGUCUCUAAAAUAUUAAUUAAUUAAUUUAACUCGUUAGAACAACAGCAUUGAGCAUAUUUACAUUUGCAGGUGUUUCAUUGAAGCUGUGUGUGUUUGUGUAUGUGUAUAUGUGUGUGCGUGUGUUGUGAGCAUGCCAAUUAACUCUUGGUUUAUUCAUGUUCCCGUGCGCGGGCAGAGCCUCAGAAGCUAGCCGAUAGCUAGCUAGCAAUACAUAACAAAAUGCAUAUGUUUUCGCCAGCUGAGAGGAUGCCCUAGGAGACAAACACAUGUAUAUGUGAAACGAAAGCGUUUAUGGGGUGAUGUGGGAAACCGCGGGAGUAAUUUGACCAUUUUAAUGACCCGCGAAUCCCAAUUAUUUCGGCCCCCGGAGCCACAGCGCCCGAACAAGAGAGCAUCGGAGCACCAUUUGCGGAUGUGAAGAAGGAACCCAACGCUAUUCGGGGUAACAGCUAGCCCGCUACAGACUGGGAAUUUAUCGGGAAUACUCAGUACGCUUGAAUGGACUCUCCGGAUACCACCUGAAGACCCAGAAUAACGUGAAAGUUGGGGAUUCCUGUCAGUGAAUCCUCCGUCACAGCCCCAUCACCAAGCACGCCUGUCUGUUCCUCAGUGCCAGUUGCUGAAAUGGAUUGGGCCACACCGGCUGCCAAACUGAAUCCCUACACCCGAGCCCGCAUGACGGAGGCCUGGCAGCAGCAUGCAGUCAACCCACCUCAAGUUGUCCACACCCUCCCCUCAGGAGCUGAGAAUGCAUUGGGCUGUGCCGUGUAUGGCAUCGUACUGCAGCCAGAUGCUACGUCUUUACAGCAGCAGACCCAGCAUGGACAGCACAGCCAACAUGGCCCGCAACAUGGCGGGAGUCAGCAGCACAGAGCUGGGCAGCACAGUCAGCAACAGCACCCCACCCAGGCCCAGCAAACAUCCCUGCAGGUAGGGGCAGAGGGAGGACACAAAUGUGGGGCAUGUGGACAUGAUAUCUCCCACCUGGCCAACCCACAUGAGCACCAGUGUAUGGUUAGUCAAGACAGGUCAUUUCAGUGCACGCAGUGCAUGAAGAUUUUUCACCAGGCGACAGACUUGCUAGAACAUCAGUGCGUUCAGGUGGAGCAGAAACCGUUUGUGUGUGGGGUGUGUAAGAUGGGUUUCUCCUUACUUACCUCUUUAGCCCAGCACCACACUUCCCAUAACAGCAACAACCCAAUGAAGUGUUCAAUAUGUGAGAAGACCUAUCGCCCUGGAUCUUCUGGCAACAACACACCCAACUCAAAUAAUCCCCAGCAGCCCAGCAGUGACGGGGCGUCAGCCAGCAGCAGCUCAUCCAUUCUCCCCUUUCCCUCGGCCCGAGACCGGCCCUACAAAUGCUCUGUCUGCCAGAAAGGCUUCAAACACCUGUCAGAACUCACACGGCAUGAAAGGGUGCACACGGGAGAGAAACCCUUCAAAUGUGACACCUGUGACAAGGCCUUCAGCCAGUCGUCACACCUACAGCACCACCAACGAACACACAGCAGUGAACGCCCGUUCAAGUGUGCCGUUUGUGAAAAGAGUUUCAAGCACCGCUCCCACCUCGUGCGCCACAUGUACGUGCACUCUGGUGAGCACUUGUUCAAAUGCAACUUAUGUGAGCUGCACUUCAAAGAGUCAUCAGAGCUCCUUCACCACCCUUGCCACCCGCAGGGUUCCCGCCCGUUCCGCUGCGCCACAUGCGGUAAGGGUUUCAAGCGGCCGUCUGACCUACGCCAACAUGAGCGCACGCACUCAGAAGAGCGUCCCUUCCACUGUGACGAGUGUCAGAUGAGUUUCAAGCAGCAAUAUGCACUGGUGCGACAUAGACGCACACACAAAGACCCAACUGACCGGCCGUUCAAAUGCAAUCUGUGCGACAAGGGCUUCAUGCAGCCCUCUCACCUCCUCUACCACCAGCACGUCCACGGCAUGGACAACCUGUUCAAGUGCGCCUCAUGCCAGAAGGAGUUCAGCCAGUCAGGAGAGCUGCUCAGACACAAGUGCGGCGAGACAUCCAACACCUCGCCCGACAAGCCGUACAAGUGUGACGUUUGUGGCAAGGGUUACAAGAAGAGCUCCACAUUACAGCGCCAUCAAAACUCUCACUGCCAAGAGAAGCCCCUCAAAUGCUCGCUCUGCGACCGGCGCUUCCUGUCCUCUUCAGAAUUUGUCCAGCACCGCUGCGACCCGUCGCGAGAAAAGCCGCUGAAGUGCCCUGACUGUGAGAAACGUUUUAAAUACUCGUCAGACCUGAACCGACACCGGCGUGUACACACGGGGGAGAAACCGUACGAAUGUGGCCACUGCAACAAGGGCUUCAAACAGCGCGAGCACCUGACCAAACACCAGAGCACGCACUCUAGAGAGGGCCAGUUCAAGUGUGUUUGGUGCGGCGAGCGGUUCAGUGACUUGGGCUCUUUGCAGGAUCAUACAGUGCAGCACACAGCUGAUGGAGGGGGUUACCCUGUGCCCCAGUGCUUAUAAAUCCUUGAGACUAUUUCCCCUUAACAGACGCUCCCCUCUCUUCUUGUUUGUCUCUUUUAGGCUAUUUAUACAGCCUAACUAUCAUCACAUUUACAGGACACUUCAGGCUACUAAUGAUGCACCCAUUCCCACCAGUGAUACAUAAAGUGUAAUUUUGCUUUUCCAUACUGCCCAUCUAUACUCCAUGUCCCUGUCAUUCCAGAAAAUCGUGAGGAGGCCUUUUUUUCUUCCUGCACUUUCCUUUCUGUUACACCUCUUAGAUGAAAGCUGAAUCUGUCCUUUCCCACUUUUUCUCAACCCCAUGCUCAGACAGUUGAUAGCAGUGUCAGAAGUUACACAGAAACAGGUGCCGUAACACAGGUUAAUCUAGAAAAUACUCUUAAAAGUAAUCUUUCUGUAUUUCCUGCCCACAGCAAAAAUGUCUUUAUUUUUGUAAUAGUUUGGGGAGUAACAGAAACUGUACGACAAAAGUGUCCACUAGAGGGGGAUCAUUACUUUGUUUUGUCUCCCUCUCUUUCUCCGAUGACAUCUCUUCCCCACUCUUCAGCCUCUACCUCCUUCAUUCUUCCCAUUUCUUUUUGCUUCCUCCUCUUCCUGUCUCAGUCUGUCUCUGUUUAGCAGCAAUAGACUGGGAAGUUUGACUGACACAUCGACCGAUUGACUUCUCGUGGGUCAGGUGAAAGAUGACUUCAAACACUUGGUUUCCAUCUCCCCACAGUAAUACAGAAACAGUCUAUUGACCCAACUGCCCGCUUCCCCAUCCCUCUAAGGUUUUAUAUGUUUACAGUUAUUAUUUAAGAAAUGGCCAGUAAGCUCCUCAACAUAUGUGAAGGGAAACACUGCUGGGGGACUUUUAGGAUUUAUCGUCUUAUAGUGAAUUAAUUCGGAUGAUAAAGUAUCUGUGAGUGUAUGUGUGGGCCAUGGUGUUUAUGGCUACACAUGUCUGUACCAAAAUACCAGUAUGAAGCAGCACCCAAUCCCCAAGGUGUGCAGACUAACCAACCAGCUGAAGGUAACCAAUAAAAUCCCUGAUUAUUGAUACUGAUCUCACAUUUGAGUAUGUAGAAAUAUAUAUUUCACACUAACACACUUGUCAUAUUCGUAGAGAGGUCAGUGCUGUGCGACUAAUGUGUCCCGAAAGCAUCCUCGUUUGAACAUUUCGCAUCCUUUCUCAGCCUGUACAUACUGUGGUUGUAUGAGACGAGUUGGAAAUGUCUGAACGUGUCUUUUCUUAAAAACAAUAUGUAAGAACUGUUUUUGUAUUAUUGCUACUUUUUACCAUGUGAAAUGUUUUGACAAAUGCUCCUUGUUGUUUUUGUAGUCCAUGUAGUGAUUGUAUCGGUAUGUUGCGGGGAAUCUCAAAGAGCCCCCUGCAUGUGUGUGAGUCUGAGUGUGUGAAUGUAAACAGUAUUCUGUCAAACAGGGAAAUUCAGACUGUAGAGAAUUGUAUUAGAAAUGUCUCAACAGACCGGCGCCUUUUUUAAAUUUUACUAACCUUACUGGUCUGUGUGAGCUGUUUUUUGUGGGAUGAACCUACAUUUUGUGUUAAGUAUUUUCCAUGUUUUCAAAGAAAUAUUGAUAUUGUUUUUUCCUGUUACAUGUUGCGUUAAUGUUGACAUCGUGUCCGUCAGAGUGAAUGACACCCUCCUCCUCUAUGAAUGCUAUGAGAUUCUUGUUGCGCAUAAGACGUCUGGAACACAAGUUGGUUUACAUUUCAGCUGUGAUCACCACUGAUUCUUGCUCUGUUCAUCUGGGGAGCUGCUCUCCCUCUCCCCUCCCCUUCUCUCACUGUUGAUUCAUGGUUUGAGUGCAGUAUUGAGUACAAACAGAGGAGGCCAAGGAGACGGAAGUCAUUUAACAGUUUUUUUAUUCUGGCCUAAAAUUCUUUGGUUUUUGUUUUAGCCUUAAAAUGAGGCCACAGUGCCUCCCUGCUUGCUUUCUGUCUCUUAUCCUUCAUCAUGCGAGGUCAGAUGGUUGGUUCCAUCAUCCAUCACGUUUUUAUUUUCGGAAUCUGGCAUUAUAAGACUUUGAGAACAACAACUUAAAGUAUUGAAGUACUGUAUGUUUUUUCACAUUUGUUUAUAUAUUUUUUUUAAUGAAUAUUCUUUAAAUUGAUAUGGAUAUCUAUAUUCCUCGAGGGAGAGACCAGGGCCUUGGGGUAGGUUUGGGAUAAAGCUGGCCGUAUUUUUUUAGGGCUCGAUUGGGCUGGACCAGAGACCGAUGAGUGGUGAUCAGGGAUACCGAUUGGGAAAUUUGGAGCCCACACAUUUGCAGUGAAAAUUAAAAUCUUGAUGACACUUACUAGAAUGUAACCAGUCAGAUAGUGCUGUGGGCGGGACAAUAAUUGAGAGCACAAAGGUGACUACCGGAGAAGGAUGCUGCAUCAGAGCCAAAGUAUUGCAUUUAUAAAUUAAUUGAUUUGAUCAGUAGUCAGACACCAAAAAAACCAAUGAUACCGAUAAUUAGAAAAAUGCUCAGCAUCGGCCACCAGGUAAUUGGUAUAUCCCUGUUUUUUAACACAGUUUUUGCAAUGUAUAAUUGUGUCUGAGGCCAGAUUGCACAAGAAACAACCUCUACGCACAGAAUUAUGUUGGUGAUGGUCUAUUAGUUGCAUGAUAUCAACAAAAAACAUCAUAUUUGGGUUCAUAUUUGCCAAGAAUUCUGUGUGAUUGAUGACUAUUUACUUGUCAAAUGGUGCUGAUCCAGUAUCAGAUGUGCACAAUGAGAGAAAGUCACUCCAGGUGCAGGGCAAAGACCUAAAAUACUGUUUAAAAAUAACAUUAGAUUUUAUACAAGUGUAUGUUCGAAGCCUAAGAAUGAUCCCAGCCCCAGCAGCACUGGUUUAGUUAUUUGCAUUAUGAGGGUGACUGCCUGGUCAUGCAUUUGUCCUCUGUGUCAUGUAGUACUGUUCAGGUGUGUAGAACAUUCAGUGCCAGGGGGAGCUGCGCUUGUUGCGUCUAGAUUAAUUCUGGGUUUAUUUAAAAAAAAAUAAAUAAAAAAAAACUUCCCGUGUCCGUCAAGAAUUCAUGGAAAGGAGAGGAAAGUAUCCUGUACAAGCACAAGCUAAAUAAAUCCAUCCUUUUGUUUUUCGACUGAAUUUGAGUUAAGUUCACCCACCCACCCUCCUCUUGCCUUGUUCAGUUCCAAUAAAUAAACCCGUCAGACCCUGGUGUCUCUCGCCCUCUGCAUGCUUGCUGUGUUAGUUCCUGUGUUCUGUCCCUGGGAACUGGUGCUAACCCUCCUCCUCACAGCACUGUUCCCUCCUAUAGCUUUUUCAAAUUGUACUGUAGUUUAUGUGAAUGAUGUUGAAAAAAAAAAAAAAAAAGAAAAAAGACUUUGUGGCGACGUACAGUACAUGUACAUUCAUGCUAAGAUUAUCUGUAUGUAUGUAGCAUUCAGUUACACAGCACUAACAAAUAAAAAAAAUCAUUUAUAAACUUA